CCAUGGGCCUGAAUCCAAUUCUGGGAAGUCUGGUGCUUUUCCUCUGGAUCUGCUCAGGAUCCGUCCAAGGGGAUGAGGGGGACACCGAUUUGUCCUCCAUGCCAAAAACAGAGAACUGCAAAAACUACUACCUGCAGUUCAAGAGGACCUUCUCGGUCCCGGGGGACGUGGCCAUGCUCAACAGCACCCUGGUCUCCCCAGACGUCUUCGACUUUAGGACCGUCCCCCACAACAUCACCUGGUACAACGCCAGGACCAAAACACAGAUGAGCAACGAGACGGGGAGAGUCCUGGUCCUCCAAGAGACCCUGUGGUUCCUCAACGUCACAAUGGACGACAACGGGGAGUAUGUGACCAUACUGAGGACGCCCUCUCGCUGCUACAUGCAGUCCACCCUGCUGGUGGUGGAGCUGCCAGCGGCUGGACAGUGCGAACGGCCACGGAAAGCCGAUCAGACUCUCACCAAAGGAGCGUCGGACAUGCUGAGCUGCCCCCUGCAGGACGUCAUCACCAAACUGGACAACAAGACCAAAAUGACCGUGAAGAGCGUCGGGUUUCAAGACGGCGGCACCUACACCUGCACGCUGAGCUUCCAGCUGGGCGGGGUCACGGGCUCCGUGUCAGAGACCAUAGAGGCCACCGUGGAAGACGAGUAUUACAAAGUUCCACAACUGCACGAACCAGCAAAUGGGACCGUCAAAGCAGAGAUGGGCUCCAAUCUAACCAAGAAGUGCCUCAUAUACGUGCUGGGCACUGGGAGGCCGUUUAUCGACAUCCUCUGGAAGGUCAAAGAUGAGUUUAUUCUGGACAAAAACUCAUCCAGCCACAUCUAUACAUCAGACCAGCGCUGGUGGAAGGACAACACCAGCGAAGGCCUGUGGUCCGAGCGGCUGCUGACCAUCACCGAUCUGAGGGCCGAGGAUCUCCACCUCAACUACACCUGCCAGGCGCACAGCUCCAGGGGCACCCCGGAGGGAUACUUCACCCUGCUGCCGACAGACCCAGACGCCAUGACCCCCAUUGGGUCUGUUUUCGGGAGCAUGAUGGUGCUGUUUGUCAUCAGUGUGGCCGUCUACUACAGCUUUAGGAUCGACAUCGUGCUUUGGUUCAGGAGGGCUUGUCCCGUCCUCUACACCAAUAAAGAUCUGGACGGGAAGCGGUACGAUGCCUACGUGGCUUACCCUCAGCCCGGAGCGAUGGGAUUCACCGAGGAGGUGGAGAGGUUUGCCCUGCAGACGCUCCCGCAGGUGUUGGAGAAGGCCUGCGGCUACAAGCUCUUCAUAGCCGGCCGGGACAGUCUCCCAGGGCUCUCCGUGGUGGACUGCGUGGAGGAGAACAUUCAGGCCAGCCGCCGCUUCCUCCUGCUCUACGGCGCCUCCACCUUCUCCAGCAGGAGACACGCCAGCCACAACAACAACAACGUCUGUAAGGACGGGAGCCAGGACGGGGACGAGGGCCGCCCGGACAGCCGGCAGCAGAUGGAGUGUGUGGCGGCCAUGCACCGGGCGCUGCUGGAGGGGUCACUAAAGGUGGUUCUGGUGGAGCUGGAGGAGAUCAGCCCGGCUCAGCUGGCCCUGUUCCCAGAGUCGGUGCGCCACCUCAGGGAGAAGCAGGGCGCCGUCUGCUUAUGGAAGAGCCUCAGGAGGAGGAAAAGAUGGAGGACGUGCACAGAGGGGAGAGAAGACGAGGAAAAGGGGGGAAAGGACUCGCCGCUGCUAUCGUCUCUCCCUCCUUCCUGUAGGUUCUGGAAGGAAAUGAGGUAUCACAUGCCGGUCAGGGGCAAAAGGGAGGCGUAUCCGGAGAAAAGCUCCCUGCUGAGCUUAGGAUGAACUCAAACCGUCGUAUUCUGAUAAAAACCAGUAAAAAAACUUCAAACCGGCAAACGUGGACAAUGAAACGGACGGUUCAGAAUGAGUCUCAAUAAGCACCUCACAAACCGUCAAAGAAAAGUCCCACUUUGGUCCCAGUUUCUGAUUUAAAAAGGAGGUACGGGGGGGGCGGGCGUGAUGAAGAGGAGGCAGAAGAUGCUGAGCAGGAAAACAAAGGAACAGGAGAUUUUCUGCUGAUCAUCACUAGCCAUGUAAAAAAAAAAAAGUAAAUAAAAACAUGUAAAUAUGAGUACACACGCGCAUGUCAGAGUUCUGGAUGUUAAUACAAGCUGUGAAUAUUUUCAUUGGUAGAUGAAAAGUAAAAAAAAAAAGGUUAAUUAAAACUGUACAUUAUUUAAAAAGACACUUUUGGGAGCUUGAUGGAAAAGUGUUUAAAUACGGGUGGAAAAGCAUGUAAAUGCAAGUAUUUUUGUAAUUGUCGUAUAAAAAUGUAGAUAUUGUGUGUUGUCUUUGAGUCUUCUUUUUUAAACAGCAUUUAGGCGGUUUUAUGCACAAUGGUGGUUUAAACUGGA